UUAUGCCUGUAUUUCUUCAUCCACCUCAAGAUACAGUUGCAGAAGUCGGCCAAGACAUUGAAAUCCCUUGUACCGCCCAAGGGGAGCCACAGCCAACGAUAACGUGGUCGAAGGACCGGAUUCAGAUCACAGAGAGUGGCAAGUUCCACAUCAGCCAGGAAGGCACUUUAUCCAUCCGGGAUUUGGGUCUGGCAGAUCAAGGACAAUACGAAUGCAUAGCCAGGAGUAGCUCGGGGCUAACCACCAGUACCAUGCAGCUAACCAUCAUCGCCACGAACAUCGGAAGGAGCGGCGAUACCUUUGUAGCCACCUCCAUCCAGGAAGCCAUCAGCAGUGUGGACUUCGCCAUCAAUUCGACACGCACCGAACUGUUCAGCAAGAGACCCAAAACACCGAACGAAUUGCUGGCCCUUUUCAGAUAUCCACGAGACCCUGAUACCAUCGAGACCGCUCGGGCUGGAGAAAUCUUUGAGAGAACCCUGCAGCUCAUUCAGGAUCACGUCCAGCAAGGAUUAUUUGUGGACAUGAAUGGAACGGGCUAUCGCUACAAUGACCUAGUUUCCCCGCACUACCUGAACAUGAUUGCCAACUUAUCGGGAUGUUCCGCCCACCGCCGCACCCCCAACUGCUCCGACAUCUGCUUCCAUAAGAAGUACAGGACCCACGACGGGUCUUGCAAUAACCUCCAGCACCCUAUGUGGGGCGCAUCCCUCACGGCCUUCCAACGGCUGCUGAAGCCCGCUUACCAAAACGGCUUCAACCUCCCCCGGGGCUUCUCCUUGGCAGAAGAUUCCAGGGAUCUCCCCCUUCCUCUGCCUCGCUUGGUCUCGACCGCCCUGAUUGGCACGGAGACCAUCACCCCGGAUGAUCGCUUCACUCACAUGCUUAUGCAGUGGGGGCAGUUUCUGGACCACGACUUAGACCAGACGGUGGCUGCGAUCAGCAUGGCGCGUUUCUCAGAUGGGGCGUCAUGCAGUCAGGUGUGCACCAGUGAUCCCCCUUGCUUCUCCAUUAUGAUCCCCAAGAAUGACCCCCGGGUACGCCGAGGACGGUGCAUGUUCUUUGUGCGUUCCAGCCCCGUGUGUGGCAGCGGGAUGACCUCCCUGCUGUUGAAUUCCGUCUACCCCCGGGAGCAGAUCAACCACCUCACCUCCUUCAUCGAUGCUUCCAACGUCUACGGCAGCACCGAACAGGAGUCCCUUGAACUGCGGAAUCUCAGUAACCAGAAUGGGCUUCUGAAGUCAGGCCAGGUGGUUCCGAGUUCAGGAAAACCCCUCCUGCCUUUCGCCACCGGGCCGCCGACUGAGUGCAUGCGGGAUGAAAGCGAGAGCCCGGUGCCGUGUUUCUUGGCCGGGGAUCAUCGGGCCAACGAGCAACUGGGAUUGACUUCUAUGCACACCUUGUGGUUCCGCGAGCAUAACCGAUUGGCUGCCGAGCUCCAGUCUUUGAACCCUCACUGGGAUGGGGAUACCAUCUAUCAUGAGGCUCGCAAGAUUGUGGGGGCCCUGAUGCAGCACAUCACCUAUUCCCACUGGCUUCCCAAGAUCCUUGGAGAAGCUGGGUUGAAGGUCAUGGGAGACUACAAAGGUUACGACCCCACCACCAAUGCUGGCAUCCUGAAUGUUUUUGCCACCGCAGCUUUUCGCUUCGGCCACACCCUCAUCCAUCCGCAACUCUACCGGUUGAAUGAAACUUUCAAGCCCAUCCGGCAAGGCCAUGUCCCACUUCACAAGGCGUUCUUCUCCCCAUUCAGGAUCAUCCAGGAGGGUGGCAUUGAUCCCCUUCUGCGUGGACUUUUUGGCGUGCCUGGGAAAAUGCGGGUGCCUUCUGAACUCCUCAAUAUGGAGCUGACCGAGAAGCUGUUUUCAAUGGUGCACUCGGUCUCCCUGGACCUGGCAGCCAUCAAUAUCCAGAGAGGGCGCGAUCACGGCAUCCCUCCUUAUAAUGACUUCCGGGUCUUCUGCAACCUCACCUCUGCUCAGGAGUUUGAUGACCUCAGGAAUGAAAUUAAAAAUCUGGAGAUCAGGGAGAAACUCAGGAGCUUAUAUGGAAUUACAAAGAAUGUGGACCUCUUUCCCGCCUUGAUGGUAGAAGAUCUUAUCCCAGGAACCAGAGUAGGGCCAACUCUCAUGUGCCUACUGGUGACCCAGUUCAGAAGACUCCGAGAUGGAGAUAGGUAA